UAACAGUUAGUGAGAGAGGGGGAAAAGCUGAGUAGCCGAGCGGCCGGAGGUUGCUACCCAGAAUCCUGCAUAGCAACGGGAGGCUGGUUUUUAAUAGUGAACUUAUUUAUUUUAAAUGUGGGAGCUGGGUGACAUUUGAGCACAGAAUUGGAAGGAACUGGUGAGAAGUCCGGGAGAAUGGUUGUUCCGGACAGUGGGAACGUGGUCCAGCAGGCAGAAAAUGGAAGCACCAGUGGGCUCAUGGCGAGCGCAGAGCCAGGAUUCGAGGCAGAGCAGGACAUGGCUGGGGUAGAGCUGGAGGAGGUGCGCAAACUGCAAGAACUUGUCCGGCGGCUGGAGGUCCAGAACCAGAGCUUACGUAACAGAGGGAGCAAGCAGCAUCAUCUCAGGGGCAACAACAGUAACAUUAAUGAGAGGACAGUGUGUGAGGAGGUCACAAACUCUUCUGUCAGACCCGAUCAUGCAGGCAGCCUCACAGGCAGAGACUUUGAGCAGUCCCCUCCUCCCGACAGCAGUAGCAGUGAAGACAUGUCUCCAAUACCUGAAGCAGUAAGGCUGGAGGAUGAAGGGGAAGGGCAGUGUGCAGCGUUCUUGAGUCUUCCGUGCGGCACAGGGUCUGAGCAAACGCAAGAACAAUCUCAGGCCAGUCCUUCUCCUGACAGCUAUGGUUCAGAGACGCUCGGUGGGAGCGAUCCAGGCAUGGACCAGUCCGCUCUGGAUGAGGUCGACGUGCUGGACUUGGAAGACUGUGCUGAAAUUGAAGAUGAAGACAGCUGGUUGUAUGUGUCCCCGAAAAAGCAGGUGCUGGCGGCGCAGGGCCCGGAGUCUCCAUUGAAAUGGUGCAGGAAGGUGCUGGAUCACCCAAGUCCUGAGACUGAGGUGGCCUGCAGGACGCUUAUCAGCCGCCUGGACCAAACCUCGAGGUGGAGGAACGUGUACUGCAGCCCGUCUCAAAGCUCGGCAGGCUCGUCAGCUGAGGCUGGUUCCUCAGGCGCCCCCCUGCUUUCUCCUGGGUACCACAAAUCAACUAACAAAUCCCUACUAACCUGUGGCAGCUCAGGUUACGUGGGCAUGCAGUCUGCACUGAGCUCCCAGUCCUCCAUUGACAGUGAGCUGAGCACAUCAGAUGACUCCAUCUCUAUGGGCUACAAGCUGCAGGAUUUGACUGAUGUGCAGAUAAUGGCCCGGCUGCAAGAGGAAAGUCUGAGGCAGGACUACGCCUCCAGCUCUGCCUCAGCCUCCAGACGGAGUUCCACCGCCUCCCUGCAGUCUCUGAGACGAGGGACACACAGCGACCAGGAGUUUGACACCUUCAGCCUGGAGGACGGUGAGGACGAGUGCUCGUCUCUGCCCCAGCGCCUUCACCGCUACUCCCCUUCACCUCGCGCCUCACCCCGCUGCCUGUCCCCCAGCACACUCGCCGAGUACAGCCGCCUGGCUGCACCGCGCACCCGCACACCCAGACGCUCCCAAGGCCCUGGGGCAGAGCUCUUCAAAUUUGCCAAGAGUGAGGAGGAGUUAAGGCACAGCAUGCCUAACUUGGCCCCGCGCACCAGCCUUCGUUCCUUGGAGGCAGUCAGAAACAGCCGCAGCAUGGAGGCUAACCUGCAAAGUUCAGGCAACCGCAUGUCCCGUCUGCCCCAGUCCCCCACCACAGGUGUCUCCUCUAGCCGAUUGAGAAGCACCGGACAGUCGCCCCUUUCGUUACGGGCUCCUAUGAAAGCUCUCAGUCCUGUGGGCUCCAUGGCUGCGGCUCGACAGUCUGCAAAAGGCCUCCCAGUGGUUCAGGGCGGUUCUUCAGCAGGGGUUCGGAGAGUGCAGUCACCAGGACCUGCUAAUGGAGGAGCUUACUCAGCGUGCAGGACUGCUGCCAUGGGGCCCAAACAAACACCAUGCAGGGGAAUAGCAGCUGGAGCAUCUUCAUCUAGAGGCAGGCUCGCCCAAACACCUAGGAGUAGGUCUCUGGGAAUGACAAAAACGUGUGGCCCGAUGGCAGAUGAUUCCUGGAAGGAUGGUUGUUAUUGAGGCUUCUACAAUCAUCAUUUUUUCCAAUCCUAGAAUACCCCACUGCCUCUGAAACCGUGGCAGGGACAGAGGACACACUAAAGAACCAGAACCAGAAAGGACACUUUACACACUAUGUCCAGAACGUUUUACCCCAGCAUGAAUCCUCUUACCCCACUGCCACACUAGCUGGAGGAGAGCAGAUGCAAAAACUGCAAGACUACACACUUUGCUUCAACUAGACUGUAAAAUAAUUUGUGAUUUUUUUGUUUGUUUGUUUGUUUCUUUCUAUUUUUCAGUCUGCUUUGUUUUUAUGAUGACUGGAGAUGCUGCUGGAAGAAUUUAUUUAGUGUGUAAAAAUUCAUUUUAAGUGUAUGUUGUCUUAUAUUAAUAGCAACACAUGGAACAUGUUUUGUUGUUUUAACUACUAGGUCUGGAAUCGAAUUCCUAGGCUCUUUAUUUCCAAUAACUUGAAGUGAAUGCUGUGUUUUCGUUCUUCCAGUAAGGAAAACUGGAUGGCUUCAAACUUUAGAGGGGAAACCUUCUUAUUCAUGCAGUGUGUGAAGUGUUGUACUCUGCUGAAAUGGAUACCGGACUUGCCGUUUUUUGAGGCACAACAAUGCAAUACACAAGAUGUCCUUUCUCAGAAGAGAAAAAAAAUAGUUUGUUAUUAAAAUAGAGCCGUGUCUGUGCCAAGGUACUGCUGUAACAGUUUUUGCCCCCCUCGAUUGAAAACGUAUGUGAAUUUAUAAUUCUGUGCUCUUUUCACUACUCCCUGAUGAGUAUGUUGGAAUAAAGGAUUUUGAAUGCCUGUAAAAUCAUGGGGUAACUGUAUGCAAGACCCAUGCAGAGAUUACCUGAGAGUGAAACAUCACAUGGUCCACCUCAGGAAACUGGGACCUGCAACUGUAAAUGGACUUUCAACAAUAAACAUAAAUGCCAGUUUGAGAAAAGAUCA